ACGGAAAAAGGGUAGAGAGGGACCAAAGGUUAGAAGGAGAGGUACGUGGAGUGUCUUAUGUGCCGAUGGUUUUUAGGAUGGACAAUACAUAACUUUUAAUUCCACCGCAACGUGGUUCAUUUCAGAAACCUCACUCUCUCUUUCCCUUUUGUCCUCUCUAUAUUAAUCACCUGAAUGGUUUCUUCUAUUCUCACUACCUCACUCUCUCACUCAAGGGUCCAAAAGUGUUUUCUCUUUUUCAGUUUCUCUUUCUCUUUUUGACAGAAGAGAUCGAGAGAAACGAUGGGAAGGGCUCCGUGUUGCGACAAAAUCGGAUUGAAGAGAGGUCGAUGGACCGCCGAGGAAGAUGAGAUCCUCACCAACUAUAUUCAGACCAAUGGUGAAGGUUCUUGGCGAUCUUUGCCUAAGAAAGCUGGAUUGCUGAGAUGUGGAAAGAGCUGUAGACUAAGGUGGAUAAACUAUUUGAGAAGAGACUUGAAAAGAGGAAAUAUUACGGCCGACGAAGAAGAAAUAAUCGUCAAGUUGCAUUCCCUUCUCGGCAACAGAUGGUCACUUAUUGCAACACAUCUACCAGGAAGAACAGACAACGAAAUUAAAAACUAUUGGAACUCACAUCUCAGCCGCAAAAUCUACGCCUUCACUGCCGUUUCCGGAGAUGAACAUAAUCUAGUCGUCGACGAUUUAGUCCUGAAGAAAUCUUGUUCUUCGUCUACUGGAGCCAAGAACAAUAUUAAGACCAAGAAGAAGAAGAAAGGAAGAACUAGUAGGUCAUCCAUGAAGAAACACAAGCAAAUGGUGACGGCCUCGCAAUGUUUCUCACAACCUAAAGAGCUAGAGAGUGAGAUCAGUGAUGGAGAGAAAAAUGGUAAUUUCGAAGGAGAGUCUUUGGGGCCUUAUGAGUGGUUGGAUGGUGAGAUAGAACGGCUCUUGAGUGGUUGUGUCUGGGAGUGUACUAGUGAAGAGCCUGUGAUUGGAGUAAAUGAUGAAAAGGCUUGUGAGAGUGGGGACAAUAGUAGUUGUUGUGUCGGUUUGUUUGAAGAAGAACAAGGAAACGACACAAAGAUUGGUCACAUAGGAAUUACAAACGUUGAUGAUCAUGGUAUGAAGGUGGAAAAGGAAAGAGAGGGAAGUGUUUUGAGUUCGACUUCGAAUGAAAAUAAUGAUAAAGAUUGGUGGGUUGGUCUAUGUAAUUCUUCAGAAGUUGGGUUUGGGAUUGAUGAGGAGUUGCUUGACUGGGAGUUUCAAGGUAAUUUGACUUGUCAAAGUGUUGAUCUCUGGGAUCUCUCAGACAUUGGAGAGAUAACAUUGGAGUGAUACUACCGAGCAAGUAGAUCGUACAUGAGAAGGCGUAGAAACCCAAUAAAACAUCGAUCUUUUGAUUCUAAAGUCUAGUGUUUUGUUUGGUUAUAGUGGAUCUUGUAGUUAUGUAGUAGCUUGUUGGAGUGUUUUUUAGAGAGUUAGGAGAUGUAGUUUCUAGUUUGCAGCACGUUAUGCCUUUUUUUUUUUUUGUGAUUUCUUCGUUCUCUUUUGUUUCUAGUUAUAAUGUUUGUUUGUUCUUUUUUUUUAUGUUUCAUUGUGAAUAUUCUGAAAUAAUGAUGAAUAUAUUGGGAAUUUUAUAAGCA